ACAGGCACAGGCACAGGCACACGCGGUCCGGGCGCUACGGGCGCGGAGGAUGCGCAGGCAUAGAGGAAGCCGGGGCGCCGCCGCGGAGCUGGAUCCGGAGAAGCAGAAGCAGGAAGAAGAGGAGGAGGAGAAGGUCGCCGCUCGCCGCUCGCCGCCGCCGGGGCCCGGCCGCCGCCGCGGUGCUGCCGCCGCUGCCGCCGCCGCCGCUGCGGGCUCUCGGGGCGCCGGGCCGGGGAGCGGGAGGUGGAGGCGGAGAGCGGAGCGAUCAGGGCACGGAGGUGUCCGGGGGCCAGGUCCAGGGCAGGGCGCCGUCAGCCAUUCAGCGCGGCGGAGCCGGGGAGCGCGGCGGGGGCGGGCGGGGAGCUGAGGCAGUUUGAUCUCGUGUCGGCGGCGGCGGAGGAGGGUGCCGGGCGCUGCUCUUUCUCUCGAGCUCGGCGCUCGCGCUCUCUGUGUCUCUCCUCGCUCUCGCUCUCUCUCUUUCUCUCUCUCUCCUUUUUUUUUUUUUUUUUCAAAAAAAAAAAAAGAAAAAAAUUACAAAAAAAAAAUCGGAUGUGACUAAAUUCGCAGAGGAGACGAAUUCACGGCGAAGUGUAAAAAUAGAGGACGGGAAUAAUAAUGGCACACGCAGGAAAAAGAGAGAUCCAAAGUAGGUCGGGUAAAUAAAUCCUCUUCUUUUCCUCUUCCUUGCCCCUUCCUUCUUCUUCUCCUCCUGUGCGAACACACUGUGCUGGCGAGGGGAAAAAAAAAAAAAAAAAAAAAAAAAAAAAAAAGAGCGGUGGAGAUCGCCCCCCGAAAGGUCCUCUUUUUUUUUUGUUUGUUUGCCUAAAAAAAGUAUUUCGGGUAAAAACUCAUCAGCCGGCAGCAAAACCCUCCCCCAAAAUAAAAAAAAAAUCGGCGAGAACGGUCAAAAUGAGAACGGCAUCACGGUGGGAACGCGCCCGCUCGCUCUCGCUCCGCGCUGCCCCCCCGGCUCUCGCUCGGCUUUUUCCCCUUUUUCCUUUCUUUCCGAUUUUUUUUUUUUUUUUUUUUUUUUUUUUAGUUUCACCUCUCUCUUCUUCUCUUCUCCUCCUGCAGGAAUGAAGCGAGAGACACGAGGAGGAAGGGUGGAAAAAAGAAGAAAAGGAAGGAGAAGAGGGAGAUGAAGGGGGGAAAAAAAAAAACAACUAAUAGAAUAUGCAAGGAAGGGAGAGAGAGAGGGGGAGAGAGAGAGAGAGAGAGGGAGAGAGAGAGAGACCCAAAAAAUGAAUGCGUUUAAACGGGAAGCCGAGCAGAGCAAUGUUUCCGAAAGGGGGAUCUGCGCGAAUGUCUGUAUAUAGUGAACUUUGACACUACUAUUGAAACUGACACGUUUCUAUGGAGAUCGCUGCCUUAUAUGGAGCUCAUGUCAAGGAGCCAAGAGAAGGGCUGCUGGCAACUGAUAAUCAAAGGCGACUGACUGGUCAGAGCCCUGAAUUGGGGGGAGAGAACAUGGGAGGCUGGGGUUAGCCAAGCCUCCCGCGCUCCAUUGGUUACCCCCCCAGCGCUUUUUUUUUUUUUUUUUUUUUUUUUUUUUUAAAUUCUCUGCUACCUACUGACUGGGAUGGGGAAGGGAGGGGAGGAGAGAGCGGGGAGAGAGGGAGGGAGGGAGGGAGGGAGGCAGAGAGCGAGGGGAUUCUUCUGACAAGCGCAAUUUACA